CCGAUCUUCGCAGCCAGCCAGCUUGCCCUGUAUCUGCACCCAGCCCUUCUCCAGCCACUCGCCAGCCAUGCUCCGAUCUGCUGCCGUCCGAAUCGCCAAUAGUCGCGUGCCAUCGGUGCGCUCGCUCGGUCUGUCCCAGACUGGUGCUCUGCUUCGUCCCUCGGCUCGCCUGUUCGCCUCGCCCGCUGGCAACCAGCCUCACCGCAACAACAACAACAACAACAACAACGCCCAUGACAACCACGGCGAUGCGGAAGAGGGCCAGAACAGCACUCGUCUGCUGAUGCUUGCCUCGGCCGCCAUCUUCGGACCGCUCUUUUGGAAGCUCACCGAGGAUCACAUCAAGAGCGGCGUUGUCGAGCAGCCCAAGUCCAAAUCGGUGGCCAACAGCCUCGUCAGCAAGUCUGUGUCGACCGUAUCCGCAGCUCCCGUCAAGAAAACCGACCCUGUUCCCCGCAAGCAGACGGCCAUCCCCAAGGUGACCUAUGUCUUGGUUGGUGCCGGAACUGCCUCGUACAGUGCCAUUGAGGCGAUCCGGGAAGCCGAGCCCAAUGCCGACAUUCUGAUCAUCGGAGAUGAAGACCAUGUGCCGUACAUGCGCCCGCCGCUUUCCAAGGAGCUUUGGUUCAGCCCGAGCUCCAAGCCACUGGCCUUCAAUGACUGGCAUGGCGCCGAGCGAAGCCUGUUCUACCAGGAGGAGAGCAACUACGAGCGCGUGCCCGACGCCGAGGAGCUUCUUCAGCCUGCAAAGACCAAGGUUCGAUGGCUGAAGAGCAAGGUCAGCAAGCUCGACCUCGAUGGCCAGUACGUGGUCCUUGGCAACGGCGACAAGAUCAAAUACGGAAAAGUUUUGCUGGCGACAGGUGCCACCCCCAACAAGCUGCCUGUGUUUGAGAAGCUCUCUACACAGGCCAAGGAGAGAGUGCUGACCUUCAGAACGCUCGAUGACUAUGAGCACCUUCUCUCCGUGGCCAACUCGGGCAAGACCAUCGCCAUCGUCGGCGGUGGCUUCCUCGGCAGUGAGCUCGCCGUUGCGCUUGCACAAAAAGCCAAGAAGGGCGCGAAGAUCAACGUGGUCCAGAUCUUCCCUGAAGAAGGAAACAUGAGCCAAGUGUUCCCACGCUACCUCACUCGUUGGACCACCCAGAGAAUCAUCGAUGAGGGGGUCCAGAUCAAGAACAGUGCCAGCAUCACUUCAGUCAAGGAGAAGGGCAACAAGAUCGUUAUUGGUGUUUCGGACCAAGAUACCGUUGAAGCGGACUAUGUCGUCGUUGCUGCCGGCGUUUCGCCCAAUGUGGAAAUCGCCAAGGCCUCUGGACUGGAAAUCGAUUCUGCCCGUGGUGGCAUUGUUGUCAAUGCCGAGCUGGAGGCUCGCCACAACGUCUUUGUUGCUGGAGAUGCCAGCAGUUUCCACGACAUUGCCCUUGGCCGUCGCCGUGUUGAGCACUAUGACCACGCGAUCAACAGCGGUCGUCAGGUCGGCGAGAACAUGACCAAAACCAAGCGCCCGUAUGUACACCAGCCCAUGUUCUGGAGCGAUCUGGGACCCAAGAUCGGUUAUGAGGCUGUGGGUAUCACCGAGUCGUCCCUCUCGACCAUUGGCAUCUGGGCCAAGGGCGACGAUAACGGUCGGGGACCUGCCGAGCAGGAUCCCUCGAAGGAGGAUUACGGAAAGGGCGUUGUCUUUUACAUCUCCAAGGAGAAGAAGAUCGUCGGCAUCUUGAUGUGGAACAUCUUUGGCAAGGCCCCCGUUGCCCGCAAGAUCAUUUCCCAGGGCAAGACCUUUGAGGACAUCGAGGGUCUGGCCGGACUCUUCAACGUCCACGAACAAUAAGCGCGCGCUCCUAAUUUCUAGAUCCCUUUUCAUAAUUCCUCAGACUCCCAGACUAUGGUGGCAGCCUGUUUGGCGCCAUAUCCAUCCCUCCCAUCCUUGCACCUUUCCUGGCCUGGUUGCUCUGAUCUCCGUCAUCAGAGCCGGUCGAAUACAGAUCGUAUGAUACAGCUCCA